GCGCUCGUUUAUUUAAUUAUUUGUCCCUUCCCGUCAUUUACCCCCAGUUCUCUCUCUGUAGUCUUCAGCUAGGGUUUCUGCUCGCAAGCCGCCUUCGCAAUCUUCUAUUUGGUUGAUACUUCUAUUGAGGACUGAUCUUCAAAAUGAGAAGCAUCUCGUGAAAAGGAAGGGGAAUAUAAACUCAGUCUUUCUAAGCUGGUCUAUUCAGGCUCCAUGGGGGGCUCAAAGCUGAAAGAUCAUAAUGUUACCCCCCCUAGGAGACAAUCAUUAAGGCUCAGGGGAAUCAGUGCUAUUUAUGAAACAGGUCUCAAUAUUGUUAACUUAAAUUCAAAACAUCAGCGGCAAAAUAGUGGAGACUAUUCUACUGUUGCCAAUCAAAUAAAAGUUGAGAUGCUUGAGUCUGAAGAAGAUAGCCAUACUUCUUCCAAAUCAAAUGAACGUGUUAAUAAUCCUGCUGACAGCAGAUAUCCUGGGAACCAUAGUUAUGAAGAAACUAAUACUGGUGGUGGAGACCAAAGCCUUAAUGCUUUGACUUUGAAGGACUUGCGAGCAAGCUGCAGAGCUAAGAAGCGGAAGGUCAUGAAAUCUGGUGCUUCUGCAGCAGUUGAUCUUAAAAGCUGCUCAUAUUUUGAUCCAUCUCAAAACUGGAAGGAUGAUUAUGUGAAACCGAAAGAAGAGGAGCUUGACCUUGAGGAACCCCUUAUAACCUUGAAGUUGAAGGUCGCAAAAGGAUCUACUGAAGAUAGAAAGCAAAAGAAGCGUACACAUCUAUUUCCAGUCUCUUUGGUCCCUAUGGAAGCGGUGACUGCAAAGACCUGUUCUCUAUCUUCUAAUGACAUGCAAAGUUCAAUGCCUGUCACAGAAAUGAAGGCAUCAAUAACAAAUAGGCCUUCGAAAGACAGUGCUUCAGAUCUACAUGACAUAAAAAGUGAGGCAGAGACUGUUGAAGAAAAGUUUAGAGGGAGUGUCAAGAAAAAUUUUGUCGAAGCAAACAAUUCUCUCCUGUCAUUAACAACUUAUGCUGGUGGUCCAGAAUUGGUUUAUGAUGUCAAAACUGAGAUCGUGAAAACUUGUUCCUUGGAUGGACAAAAUGCAGUAAAUAUAGAUACUAAUUCUACUUUGGACAUCAUUAAUACUUGUAAUUUUCUAGACAAUUCAUCAGCUGAGCUGCUUCCGAAGGUUGGUGAGAAAUUAAAUAAUAGUUUCCCAUCAUCAGCACCUGAUUUAGGGAGGACUCUACAUGUUGAUAGACCUGAAUUGGCUGAUACUCUCAAAAAUGAGAUCUUGGAAAAUGCAUCUCCACAGCAUGAGAACACAAUUUAUAUUGCUGCUUCUUCUACCGUGGAUUUCAUUGCAAAAUUCAAUUAUUUUGAAGAGUCAUCUGCUGAAAUAUUUGGAGGAGUUGAAGAUGUCUUGGAGAAUCAAGGAUCAAAUCCUACCGGUAGAACAUCUACAUCUUGUUGCCUUAACGAGGUGUCUACUGAACAUAUGGAACCUGAUGAGUACUUUCUUCCACAAAUUGGUGCAAAACAUGCUGCUGAAAUCGGGAAGAUAAACCUUUCAGAAAUGUCCAAUCAGAAACUUUGUCCUUCCUCAGUUUCUGUACACAAGGCAGUUCCCUCUGAUCCCUGUAGCUCUGCCUCAGUCUCUGCGACUGUAUAUCCUGUCUCUGAUAUCUGUGUUAGCACAGAAAACCACUGCAUUUUGCUGGAAGAGGUUACAUGUAUGAGUAUAUCGAACCAAAUGCAAUGUCCAGCUAGCAGUAAUAGCUACAGAACCAUGGAUUUUAAACUUGCAGAAGCUUGUGCUUCUGUCUUGGGACAUGAGGAUGCUCAAAUUUAACUCACGAUUUACCUG